AUGAAGAGAAGUUUUCUUUUAUUGAUCUCGGCGGCUACGCAGGCCCUUGCCAGUGGCAAUGCCAAUCAUGAAAAACUCCUCCCAGAGCGCCGGGCUGCUGCUAGACCUAACAUUGUUUUUAUCCUGACUGAUGAUCAGGAUGCUCGCAUGCACUCUCUGGAUUAUAUGCAGGGUGUGCAGACUCAUCUGAAAAGUCAGGGCGCGUCUUACCAGAAUCAUUUUUGUACAGUCGCUUUGUGCUGCCCGUCACGAGUCAAUCUGUGGACUGGCCGAGCGCCGCAUAACACAAACGUCACCGACCUCUCCCCACCUUAUGGUGGCUAUCCAAAGUUCAUCAAGCAAGGGUUCAAUGAUGAUUGGCUACCAGUAUGGAUGCAGCAAAGUGGCUACCAAACGUACUACGUCGGAAAGCUCAUGAAUGCCUUUGACCUUCAAACUACAACUCGCCCUAUGUCAACGGAUUCAAUGGCUCCGACUUUCUCUGCGGCGCGGAGACGCCAGUACACCACUGAUCUUCUGUGGAAGAAAUCUCGUGGCUUUCUGGACGAUGCGCGCAAGUCUAAUCAGCCAUUCUUCUUGACUAUGGCACCUGUUUCGCCGCAUGUUGGCCAUGGACCUCGGCCUGAUGGCGUCUCUCAGGAAGGGCCGAUUCCUGAUGGCAAGUACAAGAACUUUUUCAACGAUGCCAAGGUGCCGAGAACGAAAAACUUCAAUCCCGAUACGCCGAGCGGAACCCAUUGGCUCCUCCACUUGGACAAGCAAAACCAGACGACUAUAAACAAUGGCGAUGAGUACUAUCGCAAUCGGCUGCGUGCACUGCAAUCGGUUGAUGAAGUUGUCAAUAAUACAAUCUCCUAUCUCACAGAGCACAAUCUGAUGGACAACACCUACAUCAUCUACUCUUCCGACAAUGGUUUUCACAUUGGGCAUCACCGCAUGUUCCCGGGGAAGAAUUGUCCGUACGAGGAAGAUGUCAAUGUGCCUCUCAUCAUUCGGGGGCCUGGAAUCGAAGCCGGAUCCACCGUCAACCUUGCCACAUCUCACACGGAUCUCGCACCAACCAUUCUUCGCAUAGCCCAGGCGCCGCUCCACGAUUAUCUCGAUGGCUCGGCAGUGCCGCUUAUCGACCCGAACCCUCCCACCCAGAACUUUGAGCAUGCACAGAUUGAGCACUGGGGUGCCGGUGCGACCAAGGGCCAGCUGCGCUCAGAGUACCCGGAAGCGCCCGGCGUCGUCAACACGACAUACAAGGCGCUCCGCAUCAUGGGCCCGGGCUACAACUAUUACUAUUCGGUCUGGUGCACCAACCAGCACGAGCUGUACGACAUGUCGGCUGACUCUCAGCAAAUGAAAAAUCUCUACACGCCGUACUCAUACAAGCCCAACGAGCCGCAAGGACCUAACAACCCUUUCCCUAUCAACCGCCUGGAAAGUCGCCUGGAUGCCUUGCUCCUCGUCCUCAAGAGCUGCAAGGCCAAGACAUGCAUUCAGCCAUGGACCGCCCUGCACCCGGGUGGAAAGGUCAAUAGCUUGCCAGACGCGAUGGAUCCCAAGUAUGAUGAGUUUUAUCAGAAGCAGCAGCACAGAGUUUCCUACAAUUGGUGCGACAAGGGCUAUAUUGUCGCUGCAGAGGGUCCGCAAACAUACCUGCAGUUCCAGCAUACGGAAACAAAGAGGAAACUCGGCGAGCCGACCUGGGAUAUGAUUUGA